UUUUACCGGCCGUGUGUCGCCUCACCGGCACACUGUGUCGUUCGCAGCCAGAAAUCCUCCCAAAAAAUCUGAAACUGAAAGUCGUUCCUGUGAUGCCCCAGGGCGGGCUGAGCUGGUCGGGGUUGCGAUGCCUUACGUGGACCGACAGAAUCGCAUCUGCGGCUUCCUGGACAUCGAGGAGAAUGAGAGCAGCGGCAGGUUCCUGCGCCGAUACUUCAUCCUGGACACUCAGCAGGGCAGCCUGCUGUGGUACAUGGACAACCCACAGAAUCUGCCUAAAGGUGCAGAGAAUGUGGGAUCUCUCAAACUCACCUACAUCUCCAAGGUCAGUGAUGCCACAAAGCUCAGACCAAAGGCAGAGUUCUGCUUUGUUAUAAAUGCAGGAAUGAGGAAGUUUUAUCUGCAGGCCAACGACCAGCAGGAUUUGGUGGAAUGGAUCAGUGUUCUCAACAACGCCACCAAGAUUACUGUGCCAAAGCCAGGCGAGGGCCACGCCGCCCAUGCAGAGACUCCCCAGGAAGUACUUGGAGCCAUGAAACAGGUCUCCUACAAGACCGAGAUCAUAGGAGGAGUCCCUAUCAUCACCGCUACACAGGAGCAGGGGGAGGGGCAGAACGGGGCGGAGCGCCGGGGGGUGAAGCAGGGUCAGAAUCAACUGCCCUACUUCCUGUCCAGAGGAGCGCAGGACCAGGCCAUCAUUAAGGCCGGAUACUGUGUCAAACAGGGAGCUGUGAUGAAGAAUUGGAAGAGGAGGUACUUCAUGCUGGAUGAAAACGCCCUCAGCUACUACAAAUCGGACCUGGAGAGGGAGGCGCUGAGAGUCAUCCCGUUGAAGGAGAUUCACAAGGUCCAGGAGUGCAAACAGAGCGAGCUGAUGAUGAGGGACAACCUGUUCGAAAUGGUCACCACCUCCAGAACCUUCUACAUACAGGCUGACAGUCCAGAGGACAUGCACAGCUGGAUUAAGGCCAUCUCAGGGGCGAUCGUGGCUCAGCGCGGCCCCGGGCGCUCAGCCAACACUGUCCGGCAGGCCAGAAGGCUGUCCAGCCCUUGUAUACAGAGGUAUACGCCAUUCUGCAGUGGUGAAUGCAGCACGAAUGCAGUGACCACUCCACUCCCUCCCCAACAGCCUCCUCCACCUUCUACUACCACCUUGACCCGGAACUACACCCUCCACAAUCUUCCUCCAGCUCCGCCUCAGCGGGCCCUAAGCCUCACACUGGACACCCACCACCAGGACAACUUCCUGGGCCUGCUUCCGUGGAGGCUGAGUGGUGUCCAGUCCGUGAUGAUGCCCCUCCCGUCAGCGCGCUCCCGCCUGUCGCUGCAGGAGACAGUGCAGACUUCAAAGUAACGGAGGAGGAGGAGGAGUCGCUGUGGAAACGGCGCAGCGAAAUGGCCCGGCUGGGAUUUGUUGGCAGCGGGGAGGAGCUGAACAGUCGCACCACUGAGAAAUCUGACCUGCAGAUCACCCUGAUUUGACGAUGAUGAACGUGAGGAUGAUGAUUGACAAUCUUUAAAGGAUACACACACACAUAAAGUCUUCUGUACGAACUCCAUGUGCUCUGUGUGCUUAGAAAACUACCUGACCGGCCAAAUGAUCCUUCUACAGAACGUCCUGGGACCAUUUAUUAUAUGUGUGUGCACAUGUGGAGUAGGACCUUCUUCCUCUACUGUUUUCUCCUUCACUUUUGUCUUCCCGGAUAUUAUUUACAAAGUAAAGCUGUUGGCAAACAGAAACCAUGUUUUCAUGCAAAGGAAAACAGAUGUUAGUACGUACAGUGAAGUUUUGACAUGUUUUAGUAGCACAAGAACCACGAACCCUGCUCAUUGCACAGCGAUGGGCAGGUUUCAUGAUUCAUGUAAGAAACAAACCAAAGUUUGCAGUCGUGGUUUUUCUACAGCAGCAGAUCAGAUGUUUAAAACUGAGAGUGUCAGUUGUUUGUGUCUCACUCUCCUGAGAGACUGACUAAUCCAGCUUCUCAGUUUAUUGUUUAAGACAAUCCCGCUUCAUAUUAUAAACUCUUUAAUCCUGAAUUUCCAAUGGAGAACUUUUACGGUCUCCUCUCUCUCAUCUCCGGUUGAAAAGGUCAUCCUGUCAAAGCGCUUGUUAGCGCUUUGAAGCUCCAAAGUCCAGAUUUACUGAAGUUGCAUUUGUAGGGAUGUCUGCACAUUGUUUUCAUCUUAUUGACCACCAUUUACUGCGGAUAAAGUCCAUAAAUCUCUAAAAUGUCAGUAUUUAGAAAAUAAGAAGUGUGUAGGAUUCAGUGACGUCUAGCAGUGAGGUUUCAGAUUGCAACCAACUGAAUACUACUCGCCUGCUACGGUGGCUGUGAAACUUCCAAAAAAGCAAAAGGCUCUAUCAAGAGCCAGUGCUGAUUUGUGUGUCCAGGGCUACUGUAGGAACAUGGUGGUACAUUUCAGACUCUUCAGAAGAGGACCAGCUCCCUCCGUAGAUAAACACGGAUCAUUCUAAGAUAAUGAAAACACCAUCCUUAUUUUCAGGUGAUGUUACACUAAUAAAAACAUACCUGUCCCAAAAAGAAUUUUCCCCAUAGACUACCAUUAUAAAUGAGAUGUCUAUAAACCUCUUGACAGGACACCUCAAAGGCCUAUAAAGGUCUAUAAUACAUUUUAAAAACAUUGAUUUUAUAUUGGCUAAAUGUUCCACGAGAUGAGAAACGAUUAAAAAAUCUGUUACUUCAUCAAGUCUAUGGGCGGAGCAAGAACUCGUACGCAGGACCAGCGGGAAAAAUACUACUGUGCACAUUCAGUGUGCCACGUACCCCGGAAGUAAACCCGGAAGGCAGACACUUUCUGGAUGCAUGUGCUAGGCGAGCAUUCUUAUUGGACUGAAUAGGCGCCAUCUCUGCAUCAGGCAUCCAGUUUUAAAUAAGACAUCCACGGUAGCUUCCGGGUAGCAAGCCAGCUAGCUAAGCAGCCCACUUUGGAUGCUUAGCAUGUCAACUAGCCCCACAAGUACUUCAUACGUCCCCCCAGCUUCCAUUUUGCAAGGACAUGCAUAGAAUUUCAUGGUGCCACUUUCUGGCCUGGCCGUGCACUACGACGCAUUCAGUUGGUAAGCUAGAAAUCAAACUUCAUCAACAUAUCUCCAGCUGUAAUCUGGAGCCAUUCAUUCUUUUAUAACCUGUACCAUGUAUAAAUACAUCUCAAACAUCAUUCCACUCAUUGCCUUGCCUCAUCUCCACAUACAGUAUCUGGUUUUACAUGUAAGUGAAAACACUGUAUUUAUGUCAGGGUUUCUGAAUUAUCAAUAUGAAUUCAAAAACUUUUCUAAAUCCAAAGAAUAUUGUAAAACUUCCAACUGAAGCAAAAACAUGACAUUUACCAAAGCAGUGACACAAACUUUGAUAGCACUUUUGGCUGUGCAGACCACCAGAGAAUCUGAGCUGAGCACUUACAGUGAGACGACUUCAAGCAGCGGUAAUAAAAGGACACACUGCUGUGGACUGAUUUUCAUUUUUUCACCAGCUUUACUCACCUCACCUCGUGCACUGUACAUUCAUUACCGUUCCUUUGUAAAUCCAUCAGAUGUUGGUGUAUUUUUGUUAAUGUUUUUUAGUUUAAAGAUGUGGGGACAUGUGAAACCAAACUCAUAUUGUUGAUCUGUUGAUUUGUAAAUGUUGUUUUUGGACUUGGGAGCCCUUUUGGAAACCAGUUGUGGGUGUUUUUUCUGUUCUGAUGUGCUUUUAGUUUGGAGGAUUUUAUUAUUCACAGGGAUGAGAAGCUUUUAAGGAAAAAAAAUCUACACAUAUAUGUUGUUUACUGACUUUUAUAAACACGUGUGCAUGAUUGCAUGCACACAACCCCCUCCCCCACCUCCGUUGUUCCCUGUUAAACAUAAGCUGGGUAAAGUGCCUGCGUUGUUGUUUCUAAAGAGUUGAUGAAAAAUGACAAGCUGUUUUGACCCUUUUUAGUGUGUACUUGAUUCUAAGACCAUGUGCUCUGUUUAUUAAAAGACAUUUGAAAAUA